GGCAUAUAUCAGCGUCCCAAAUUUUCUCAUACAGUUCAUCUUUUUUCCCAUUUCCCUUUUGUUGUUUCUUCUGUAAGCCCAAAACCUAAAGAAUGACAGAGAGAGAUUACACUCCAUUGCUGGGGUAAAUGGAGUUCUUUUGAUUAAUCUCUCUCUUCGUUUUGCAUUUGAAAAUCAAAGUCUGGACUGGACGUGCUUGAUAGUAAUCUCUGGCUUUCAAGUUCUUUCAUUGAAAUCGAUAAAGAAGCUUUACAGGAUUCUUGAAUUGGAAGACGAGAAUGGCCGGAUCAGACGAGAACCAUCCGGGUGUGAUCGGACCCGCUAAUGUCCAAGGGGGUUUACAUGCCGGAGUUGGGAAGUUCACGGCGGCGGCUGGAAACAGCCGCAGGGCUUUGAGCAACAUCAAUCGGAACUUAAUUGAAGCUCGAGUCAACAAGAAGGGCUUAUCAGAGAAGCAGUCAAUCUGCUGCAGGAACCCACCAAUCCCAGUGCAUCGACCAAUCACCAGGAAGUUCGCUGCCCAGCUAGCUAACAACCAGCCGGAGCAGGAAGACAAGAAAUCAGCUAUUUCAAUCCCAAUUUCAAGCGAGUCAGAAGAUUGCAGUACCAUAGAUGCAGAUCACUACAAGUCCACUGGUGACUUUUCUCUGCCCAUGUUUGUGCAACACACAGAAGCUAUGCUGGAAGAGAUUGAUCGCAUGGAUGAGGUUCAAAUGGAAGAUGUAGUUGAGGAGCCUGUUGUGGACAUAGACAGCUGCGACAAGAAUAAUCCUCUUGCAGUGGUUGAAUAUAUUGAUGAUUUAUAUAAUUUCUACAUGAAGGCUGAGAAAUCCUCUUGUGUCUCCCCAAGCUACAUGGAACAGCAAUGUGACAUUAAUGAGAGGAUGAGAGGUAUCCUAAUUGACUGGCUGAUUGAGGUGCACUACAAGUUUGAAUUGAUGGAUGAGACAUUGUAUCUUACUGUCAAUGUCAUUGACAGAUUUUUAGCCGUUCAUCCAGUAGUGAGAAAGAAACUCCAGCUAGUCGGGGUGACAGCCAUGCUUCUUGCAUGCAAAUAUGAAGAAGUAUCAGUUCCUGUUGUAGAGGAUCUCAUUCUGAUUUCUGACAAGGCCUACACCAGAAAAGAAGUGCUUGAUAUGGAGAAGUUGAUGGUUACUUCCUUGCAGUUUAAUCUAUCUGUUCCAACCCAAUAUGUGUUUAUGAGAAGGUUUCUCAAAGCUGCUCAAUCUGACAAGAAGCUUGAGCUUCUAUCUUUCUUCCUCAUUGAGCUUUGUCUAGUUGAAUAUGACAUGCUCAAGUUUACACCUUCCCUGUUAGCUGCUGCUGCAAUAUAUACUGCUCAGUACACUCUUAGUGGAUCUAGGCAAUGGAGCAAGACUAACGAGUGGUACACUAGCUACUCACAAGAUCAACUUAUGGAAUGUUCAAAGCUUAUGAUCACUUUUCAUCAAAAAGCUGGAACAGGGAAGCUCACAGGUGUACACAGGAAGUAUAGUACAUCUAAAUUUGGGUAUGCUGCAAAAACUCAGCCUGCUAACUUUCUACUGGAGAAGGAACGCAUGAUGAAUUAGCAUAAAGACACUAACCUUAUUCCAGCAAUUUGAAGUUGGGAAAAAUUAUAUAGCAACUAUUGUUGCCCCCUGGCAGAUGAUUUCUCAUUAUCCAUGAAAAUAUUUCCCUGAUUAUAUUGUAUUUGAAUCUUGAACAUAGCAAGCUGCUGUGCAGGAUGAUGUUGUAGUUUCUCUUUUGCUCCAAGAGUUGGGUUCUGUUUGAUUCUGUUAAUAUUGAAGUGAAAUUUUGCUUGAA